AUGUAUUCAGGCCGACGCUGUUUUAUAACAUUCCUGCUUGGAGUGAUCGUCGGCGUCAGUUUGGGAGUCAUCAUCUGCGAUGUAUCGUAUUAUACUCCGGGCACUUUUUACCAACGGUACCUUGAUCUACACAAUUCGGAUACAGAUCCAAUAAUAUCAGAGGUUGAGAAAAGCAGUAAUGAGCAUGCACACACGAGUGAAGACAGAACGGUAGCUGAUCAACUCUCCGCCAAGGUGAGGGUGUUGUGUUGGGUGAUGACCCGACCUAGCAUGCACGAGAAGAAAGCGAAGCACGUGAAGGCGACGUGGGGGAAGAGAUGCAACAAAUUACUUUUCAUGAGUUCUAUUGAAGAUAAGAGCUUGCCGUCAGUCAAGUUGCCGGUGAGUGAAGGCAGGAACCACCUGUGGGCGAAGACGAAGGCGGCCUUCCGUUACGUGUACGAGCACCACAGGAGGGACGCCGACUGGUUCCUCAAGGCUGACGACGAUACAUAUGUUAUAGUGGAGAACUUGAGGUACAUGUUGGCUGACUACAACAGCAGUGACGCUUUGUACUUCGGCUGUAGAUUCAAGCCCUUCACGCCUCAAGGUUUCAUGAGCGGAGGAGCAGGUUACGUUCUAAGCAGGAAGGCGUUGGAUAUGUUCGUAAACAAAGGGUUGCCAUCACCAAAAACGUGUCGAGUUGACGACGGGGGCGCAGAAGAUGUCGAAAUGGGCAAGUGCCUAGACAAGCUGGGCGUCAAAGCGAUGGAUACGCGCGACGAGUCGAGACGCGGCCGCUUCUUCCCCUACAUGCCACACAAGCAUUUAAUACCUUUCAAAGACAAAAACUUCUGGUAUUGGAAGUACAUAUACUACCCCACCGAUGAGGGUCUGGAUUGCUGUUCCGAUCACGCCGUAUCGUUCCACUACGUGAAGCCUACAGAGCUGUACCUGCUGGACUAUCUCAUAUACCAUCUACGUCCGUACGGCAUUCAACGUGGCUCCGGCGUCCUCCCCAAAAUACUCACAAAUGAUAUUAAAGACAUUACUUAG